AAAGCCGGGAUUUUCUGCACGUUGGCCAUGGCCCCGAGCACGGAGGUCAACUUCAGCCUCGGCUUCAAGAGCCCGUGCUUCUUCACGAUGCUCAACCUCGCCGGGUACCAGAUCCCGCUCCUUGAGCGCAGCGUCCUCGAGUGGUGCGAGCGCAUCGUCGCCGUCCUCAACAAGGAGCGUUUCGAGGGCACGCUCGACGGCAUUGUGCACUCCCAGCUCGAAGCCAAGACGCGGCCGCUCUUCGCCGUCAAGAUGGUCUCGGGCUUUGCCAACGACGGUACGUCGUCGCCGCGCAUCAUGCUCGGGUCGGAGCAAGGCGCCGCGGUCACACUCGCGCACGAGAUCGCAGUCGCCCUCGUCGACGCCAUCAUGAUCGCCGAGGCGCCGAUUAGCGCCAAAGACCUCGCGACGACCAAGCGCCACGUCGCACAGCUUCAGAAGCGCAUUGCCAAGGCUGCACCAGGCGACCAAGUCUACGCGAUAAUUGUCGACCGCAAGUACCACGAGACCCGACCGAAACGGCAUCCACCAACAUGAUUUGCGUCGUGCUUGCCAUCUCUCUUGCAGCAUACCAAGGUCUACUCAAGUCUGCGCUUCGGUGCACUCUUGGUCACUCUUGUACAAUCGUCUUGUUUGCAACAAAGUAGAAAGGACGGGUUUGAAGCCAACCAACGGAGCCACCAUCUCACAACCCUCUCGUAUUUGCAAGGGGCAAUAAGAGAGCAUCUUAUUGACCCAUGACAGUUCC